AUGGACGCGGCGUCACCCGGACAGCCUAACUACGCGGCGGCGGCGGCCGCGGCGGCGGCGGCUGCGGCGGCGGCGGACGGCGGCGCGGGGGCGGCGGUGGACUGCUGGGGGCCGGGCAGGUGUCAGGGUGCCGCCCCCUCUGCUGCUGCCGGUGCCGCUGCCGACGCUGCUACAACGGCACGGAGGCGGCGCGGGCGGCGGCGUGGCGGCGGCGGCGGCGACGGCGCGUGCGCCGGGCGGACGGCGGCCGGGGCGGCGCGGCGGGCGCGGCGCGGCCGCGCCGGCGGCGGCGCCAAGCCCAGCCUGCUCGAGCUUCGUGCUUGUACAAACGUGGCCGCCAUGCUGGCGGGCGUGGCCGUGGGCUACGACGUGCGCCUCAGCAACGUGUCGCCUCUGCACCCGCGCCUGCUGCCUCCGGCGGUGGCCGCCAGGGAGAGCGGCGAGCGCGCGGAGGAGGCGGCGCUGGGCGCGGCGCCGUGGCUGCCCUUCGGCGGCGAGUACGAGUUCUCGUCGGCGUCGGGCUACGCGCACAACACCUACCACGGGCCGGCGCGGCACCCGCGCGCGCCGCUGUGGGGCGUGGGCGGCGGCGACGACGAGGCAGCCGCAGCCCUCGCCUUCACCCGACAGCCCGCAAACACGCCUGUACGCCCGCCGCCCGCCCGCAGGCCCUCCGCCCGCGCCCACCCCCCAGGAUAG